AUCCGGAACCACGGCCAGCUGGCAGCUGCUCACAGCCCGAAUGUGCUUCUCAGCAGGUUGUGAUGGGAGUAGGGCCCUGCCUGUGGAGCCUCAAUUCCCUUCCAUGAACGCUUCUCAUUGUCUUUAUAUAACGGUCGCCACACCUCCAUCGUCCAAGCCUACAGCAGCACGCGAACCUGAUUGCGACCCGUUUCUGACCCAUCUCUCCUCCAUUGCGCCUCUCUCUCCUCCUCGAGGUCAACCAAGUCAUCUACCGUGAUCAUGUCCGACGGUCUCAAUGACGCUCGCGCCAUCCGCAUCACGGAGAUCGUCACCGACUUCCGCCAUCUCCAGUACUUUCUCUCUCAACUGCGCCCCACUCCCACCGCUGAGGAAUACUAUCUUGAAGGCUAUUCUCUGCUACGACAAUGCACAUCAGAGGCACAUUCCAUUCUCACAACCCCUUUCUCCGUCAGCGCCCCGGCGCCAGGCGAUGACGUCGAGCGUCAAAAGCAGCAACUUCGAUCUGUCAUAGUGGAUGCCGCGGUGCGCCGGUUUCAAGCCCAGAGGGUGUAUUUGAGAGCACAAGCAGGGUUACGGUGGGUGAAUACUCGGAAUUCCAUCCUACGCGGGCAAAAACAGAAUGCGUCUCAUCUGAGAGCACUGCAGGAAGCGGACGACUCGCUGCGACAGGAGUUGCGAGCCAUUACGGACGAAUGUGUCGAAUCCACUCUGCGCAACCAAGAUACCGCUCAAGGCAAAUGGCUUGCUGAAGACCCGACCCUCGCACAAAUCCAGCAAAUUCUAAUGCGGCGAUGAAGGCAUAACGGCACAUCUCGCUUUGCCCCAUCUGGGGUCUCCCUUUGAUGGCUUUCCAGAUCAAUGGAUAUUACAUGCAUUAUGGGGGGUUUUUCUGCUUCUUGGACUGGUCCACAUCGCAAAAGGAGUCCCAAAACCUCCACUGCAGGGCGCCCACCUCAUGGUUCUCUACCACGGCUCCCGGAUGCAGAUCAUGGACACGGCGCAUGUUCAUUCAUCGAAUUGGCCGAGUUCGAGCAUGGUCGCUGCUGGCGGCGACGAGAUGC